AUGUACCUCUCCGACUCUAAUCUAACCUCGCGUACGACUACGCACACCCAUUCUUUCAAACCACAACCGCCGCUCAAUUCACUCGUCAGCAGCAUUGGUAGCUCCCACGAACAAGUGUAUGAAUCCGGUUCUUCCAGACAGCAAUCGGACAUUAGCCGCGCAACGUCGGCAGUAGGCCACCUGCAAACACAAACACGAGCACAAGUCCAUGCACCGACCAAAGGAAGAUCACGUCGUAAUACACAACAACUCAUUAGCAUCUUUGAGCAAGCGACGUCUGAAGCAGCGAUCAUGAGUCAACCGCUGCAGCGCGGUCUGCCUCUCCCACCUUCUCCAUCGGCUCGGAAUGCACCAGCAGGACCAAGGGUCACGAAGCGUGCACCUCUGCGUGAUUCGUUUCGUAAUCUAGUAUCAGCGUUUAACAAGGCAAAACGCUCGUUUGGCGACUCGACACCAGCUCGUGUCCGUCCACCCCAAAUGGAUACCGUAGGGAAAGUCAACGAUAAGCCCGCUUCAACGACAGGGAAUAGCUCUUGUGUGGCAGUUCCACCAGAGGUGUCACUGUCCAAGUUUACACCGUCCUUUCCUCCAGACGUUCGAAGUGGCAUCCUACUUUAUUACGAUGAUAAUCCAAGAGGGGCUGUCUGGCACCGCUGCAAUGCCUUUCUCUCCUCAUCGACGCUCCGUAUCAGCUACUUUAACACUUCUGGCAAAGAAUCUACUCGCUCAUUUCGCAUGAAUCAUGCCUCAGAUGCAAGGUCGAUGACAGAUAGAAGCAGCUUCCAAGUGGGACCCCCUUUGCUCGACAGCCAUAUCCCCUGCGCCUUCGAGGUCAACUUUGGGGAGAAGGGGGUCGAAAUUUUUGCUGCCAUUUCUGCAUUGGAACGGGUUGGCUGGAUUAGCGCCAUCUGGGAUUCAAUCAUCUCUGGAAAAUGUGCCGACACAGAACACGCCGUCGAAUCAUCUAGAGUUGAAUUGGCGUUGUCUCUACCAAUCAGUGACCGGGACGACAACGAGGCGGUCAUCCACUCUCCUCGACCCGUCGACGCAACUUCGCAAGACAUUUCCCCAUUGUUGCUACUCAAACGAACAGGUUCGCCUUCCUGUUCACGAUCUACGUGGGUUACAGAGGGCUCAGCUCAAAGCCACGAUCAUACAAUCUCUCAGAGUCGUACCGGGACUGCAUUGUCUGUCAGGGAGCGAAUAGCUCAUCUGAAUCAAAUGGAUCGCAAUUCCAGUCAAGACCUGUAUGCCACACCACCCAGGACCCCAUCCAUCGCCUCCCGUAAAUCGACAGCACAGACGAGUCCUUUGAGGAAAACGGUUGCCCUUCGCUACCACGUAGACUCGCCACGCUCAGCGCAGGUAAAACCACUCGUGUUAAGCUCCCAUUCUUCCAUUCGAAAGCAGCCGACCAUGACGACAAACGACAACGCUCCUUCCUCCAACUCAUCCACUUCUUCCCAGGGCCUGCUUCAUAUUCACUCUGUCGCGUCAUCUCCUCUUUCGAAUAUCCCCCCGAAGGAGUCUACCCAGUCCCCCGAUAUGACUAUGCGCAAUAUUGACACAAUGCCCAACCAAGAUUUCGUUCACCCGGGUGAGAUUGCACGGAUGCACAAAAUUCUCUCCUCCAUUCAGAAGGAUGUCAAACUGGCUAUUCAGCAGCCGCCUCUGCCCAUCCCUCAACUGGACGACUUGAGGAACCGUCUCCAAGCAUUAGCGAGCGGCCUACACUCUGCAGAUCUCCAUGGGUUACAUACCAAGCUGGAAACCCUUCAACCGACACAAGUGGACGAAUUCGAGGGCAAGGUGACCUUGAAUCUAGCCGAGGAGAUUGAAGAACUCAGGUUAGCUAUCGAGGCGAUGAAGAUUGCGCAAGAGGACAAACUAGCGGGGCUCCCUCAGAUACUCGAAUCCUUGGAGGCACUGAGGGAAUCACAAAACAAUGCCAUUCCUCCGCCAGUUCCGGCUAAGGAUGUCUCCCCAAGCGAGACGUCGCCACAAGAAGAUCUUCUCAUGUCUCUCAAAGAGCAAGUCGCUAUGCUCAACAAUCACUUUGUCUUGUUCAAAGAGGAAACGGAAAAGGUAAAUAUAGCCUUCAAGCUAGAGGAGAGCGUGCCUCUACGUUCAUUGUCCGUCUUCAGUAAGCGAAGUCAGGGUCCUGUCAAAGAUGUACCCGAGUCUCAACCCACAGGGCCCGGUUCAGAGAUACAAGAAAUCCUUCGAAUCGUGAAAGCGGAACAGGAACAACAACUUGCGACAGGGAACCAGUUUGAGGACAGUAUCCGAUAUCUCAACGAGUUGAACAAGUGGAUGGAAGCAUUCGUCGCCAAGACAAGUGAUCAUGAACAACUUCUCCACAAGAUAUCGGGAACGUUGGAGAAGGUUGUAUCCAACAAUCAGGCCUCUGCGUUGCGCGCCAUCGGGAGCGAUGCAACCGAAGGUUCCAGUCAAGAACCAAUGACAGGACUCAAAGCGUCUGUGGAUACGUUCCUCUCUAAGCUCAAUGAACUCCAAGGAUCGGGGGGACUAUUGCCCAUAAUGGCUAUGAUCAAGCAAAAUCGUUCUGAGCAAGACGAGUUACUCCGAUUAUCUUCUGAUAUCAAGGGUGACCGCCUACGUUUUGUAGAGGCAAUGAAAGAGGCCACUACCGUCAAUGUUGCGAUGCAAAUAGACGAAUUCAAGAGACAGCUCUCGCAUGAAGUAUCUGCCAUGCUUCAAGACGUUGGGAAAUUCGCACGCGCACGCGAACGAAAACAUCUAGAGCAAGAGAUUCAAGAAAUCUUCAACAAACAAGUGGAACACCAAUCCAUGAGGACUUCUCAACCUGUAAUGAUGCCGUCACUCCCGUCUCGUCCUGCAUCGACGUCGCAGGGACCGUAUCCAGUGUUUAUGCUGCCUCCCGGUGCUCCUACAGUCCAUGGAUCGGCGGUCAUGCACCCACCACCAUUUCGUCCAAACUCUGGCUUUAUGACGCGUGCACUACCAACCCCAGCACCGUAUGCUCCUACCCCACAACCUCAGACUCAUGUGGAGCCUCCUUCACCUACGCGACGACUUGCCUGA